AUGGCGAUGCCAAAUACGGUCCUUGGACAGCUUCUCGCAACAUUGAAUAAACAGCAAAGAAUUGCCGUCGAGUUUGAUCCGAAUAAUGCAUUACAAGUUAUUGCAGGUCCUGGUACCGGGAAAACCAAAGUUUUGACAUCAAGAGUAGUGUAUCUACUGCUGCAUCAUAAAAUUGAACCUAAAGAUAUUGUCGUCACGACUUUUACCAAUAAAGCUGCGAAGGAAAUGAUGGAUAGGCUCGCCAAGAUGCUAAGCGGCACGGCUAUUAGAGUAGAUGAGAUUACGAUAGGGACAUUCCAUAGCAUAUGUCUAAGAGUCCUAUUGAAAUAUGGAUUUAAAGUUGGGUUAAAUCGUGGAUGGAGAAUAGUCGAGGAGAAGGAAGUCGAAGCAAUUAUUCAUGAUUUGAUCAAGACUAUGCCAGAUCAAAUUAGAGAUUAUGCAAACUCUUAUAAGAGGUCGGUAAAUCUAUGUAGACCUACUAGAAAUAAAGACGAAUGGGCCGUCCAUCCACAAAUGGUGAAAAAGGAAAUAUCCAGAUUAAAGUCAAAUGCACUCUUACCAGAGGAAUAUGAAAAUGAUUCUAAUCAUGAUCCGGCUUUGGCCCAUUUUUACACGAAAUACCAAUCAGAGUUGGGGAAAUUGAAUGCUCUAGAUUUUGAUGAUUUACUCAUGUACACAUUUAGAUUGCUAACAAAAGAAAGAUGUCUUCCAGACAUCAAACAUGUCCUUGUUGAUGAAUUUCAAGAUACUAACAGCAUACAAAUGGAUUUGAUGUUUUUGUUUGCCAAAGGUGAUCAUCACGUUUCAAGAGGUAUCACUGUGGUGGGCGAUCCAGAUCAAAGUAUUUAUGCGUUUAGAAACGCUCUAGCGCAGAAUUUCCAACAGAUGCAACAAAAAACUCCACUACAUUGCUCCCAAGUUGUGUUGGUCGAGAAUUAUCGCUCUUCUCAAAAAAUUUUAGAUACAAGUGAAACUCUUAUUCAACAACAAAUAAAAGGACGUACGCACAGAGCACCUCUUCGUGCUCAAUUCGAUGUGGAAUUCCCACCAGUAUAUGUUAAUUUUCCAGUAGGAUUUCUACAAAGCGCUUCUAUUGCAAGAGAAAUUUUAUACCUCAAAGCCUUACCAAAUCUCUUCUCUUAUAACGAUUUUUCCAUCCUCGUUAGACAAAGAAGGCAAAUUAAAAACAUCGAAACUGCCUUGAUUGAACACAGGAUACCUUAUAAGAUUGUAAAGGGAAGAGCAUUUUGGGAAUUAAAGGAAAUAUCAGCAAUGAUGCAUCUCAUAAAAUGUGCAUAUUCAGAUAAUGAAAAGUUUUCAAUACUUUCUUCGUUGCUCUACCCUGCAAAAGGCCUGGGACAAACAUCUGCUGAUAAGAUAAAAAAAAUAUUCGAAGAUAAUCCCUCACAGACACCAUUUAGUCUUUUACAAGAUAUUGAGAAAGGUGCUAUCAAUUUAACCAUGACUACAAAAGUAAGAUCAGUAAUUAAGGAUUUCAUACAGAUGAUAAAUUUCUCUAGAUCGUUCGAUAAGGCACCGUUGAAGUCGUCUCUUGAAAACAUAUUUGAUACACUAUAUGAACGAUCUGGUAUGAAGAAUGAGUACCUAUAUUUUGAUGGUGGAAAGAAAUCUGAUACGAAUGACUCUAAUAGAGAAGCGAACUAUGAAAAUCCAAGGCAUAAAAACAUCUUAUUGUUAAAGAAAUACUUUUUGGGAAUUGAUGAGAUUGAAGACUUCAUACACUCCCAAUCAGACCAAAAAACAUUCAUCGAGGAUAUACAGCAAGUGGAUACGAACGUAAUACGGAGUUAUAUACGUACUUUUUUCAAUUCAUUGUCCCUGUAUGCAACAGAGUCUACUUCUUCAGACAAUGAGAUUGACCGUACUUCGAAACGAAAAAAUAGUAGAAACGGUGAAGCAUGUGUGACAAUAUCUACAAUUCACGGUGCAAAAGGGUUGGAAUGGCCAGUGGUGUUCAUUCCAGGAUGUAUAGAAGGUAUAAUACCAAGUAUAUUCUCCAGAGACGAAUCUAGCUCAGAAACGGAAUCCGAUACUGAAGAAGAAGGCACCAAUACAAGUGACAAAAACGUGCCAAAAAGCAACAAGAAAUCCAGUAGUCUGGAGGAACCUGUAGAUGAAGAACGUAGAAUGUUUUUUGUAGCUCAGACACGUGCAAAAUUAUUAUUGUAUCUUUCAUCGAUAAAGGAGGGAGAAAACCCCACACAAGGUGGCCCAAGCCGCUUUCUAACUCCAGAGGUACGCAAGACAUUAAUAAAUGAACAAAAUGCCUUGAAAAACGAAAAGAAUAUUGAAUUACUUUACAAAUCGAUGAACAAAAAAGUGCCUUCAGACUUAAUAAAACGGUUUUCUUUGAAAAAAUUAGUUCAAGACUAUGCUCAAUUUAUUGAAAAUAGAAGAGAAUCAAUGAUAUGGAACGGAAGGGUCAUAAGAAAUUCGUUUACGCUGGAUAUUACUAGAAAUACCGUCGCAAUGGACGAUCCUAUAUCGGACUUUACGACGGCUGCUGCACACUUACAAACUGAAGUAAAUAAAAAACCGGUACUGGAAAGACAAUUCCAGACAAUGUCAAGAAAAGGUAGUACACUUUCAUCAACAUCAAAGCUAUGGCCAAAAAAGGCAUAUGCUCCGCAGGCGAACCAGAGGUUAAGUCCCAGCCCGCCGAAAGUACAUGCUCCAACUACUACCUAUCCGUUACAAGAGUCUCCCACUAAGAAGAAAUCAUACGCACCCUCAUACCCACAUAAGCCAUAUUCAACUACUGGCACUGAGUUUAAAAUUAAACAAAACAAAACUGACAAUGAUAAUAUUCUAGAAAAACCUUUCCCUAUAAGUGCAAGUAAUGAUAGAGCAUCCAACCCUAAAAUGUUGGCUACCUCUAAGGGUUCUACCAAUGAAGCAAUAAAAAAGGAGCUUUUCAGUCAAAAUCAAGUUAUCUCUUCACCAAAGCGCAUAAGUAGAACUAAAAGCGUAACCAGGAAACUGAUUGUGAGCCCAAUCAUGAUAGAGGAUAAAAAGAGAUAUGAAGAGGUCAAGAAGAAUGGUAGUGUACAUCAUACCGUAGCUGGGGAUAGGACUGCAGCUGAAAUAUUGCAUGAUCCUGACGAUUUAAUAAUUGAUAAUAGACCAAUUCUUACGAGUGCCAAAACUUUGAUGAAAGCCAUCAAGAAGGCGGAUUCAAAAUCUAAUCAGUCCAGCCAAAAAUCUUUCAGCGAACACCAGCUUAAAACUGAAGAAGCAUCCUCAAGUCAAUUUGACAUUUUGUCACAGUUAUCCAGGGCCAAAAAGAAAGCUAAGCUGAAUGAUGGUGAGAUUAUUGUUAUUGACGACUAA